AUGGGAGUCGCCGGCCUCUGGGAUAUACUGAGUCCUGCAGGGACACUGCGUUCUCUGACCCAUCUUGCUGUGGUCGACGGUUUCCUCGCCAAUCCGGAUGCUCGCGGCCUACGGAUAGGGAUCGACGCAUCCAUCUGGUUCUUCCAUGCUGCAUAUGGAAGGGAGGGCGAAAACCCGGAGCUUCGUACCCUGUUCUUCCGCUGCUGCAAGCUUAUGACCGUCCCAUUCCUGCCGGUCUUUGUCUUCGACGGUCCGCAACGGCCGAAGGUCAAGCGCGGCAAAAGGAUCGGGGGGAAGGAACACUGGAUGGUCAAAGGUAUGAAGAAUAUAAUUGAAGCCUUCGGUUUUGAGUGGAGGACUGCUCCUGGAGAAGCAGAGGCUGAAUUGGCUUACCUCAGUCGAGUUGGAAUAAUCGAUGCGAUCCUCUCCGACGACGUGGACAACUUCCUCUUCGGAGCCACCACGGUUAUCAGAAAUCCCUCCGCAACCUUGUCGGGAAACCGAUCCCAUUCCGUCAAGAAUGCAGAUGGAAGGGAUGAUGGGUGGCAUUCUCGGGUGUUCACAGCGAAGGCCAUAUCCGAACAUCCGGAUAUACAGCUCACUCGGCCCGGAAUGAUUUUGAUUGGCCUACUCUCGGGCGGGGAUUAUGAUCAAGGCGGCGUACAGGGAUGUGGACCAGGCGUCGCUCACGCUUUGGCAAAGGCCGGUUUCGGCGAGUCUUUAAUGGCUGCAGCUGAUGCCUACGUUGAAGACCGCGAAGAGGAGGCAAGACGAAAUCUGGACGACAUGCUUGAGCAGUGGAGAGUAGGCUUGCGUGAAGAACUCACGACCAACAAAUCGGGUCGCAUGAAGUCGAAGAAACCGUCCGUCGCGAAGCUCAUCACGUCGAAAUUCCCGGACGUCGACGUUUUGCUCAACUACACGCACCCUGUCACUAGCGAAACGUGCGAGCCUGACAUUGGCAGAAUCGCCGGCAUCUGUGAACUGUACUUCGAAUGGGGUGUACAAGACAUCAUAAUCAAGAGGUUUCGAACCGUGUUGUGGCCGAGCGCAGUCCAGAGGAUCAUCAGACGGGCGGUCCUCGACAACCAGAAACGACGGCGCGGUCGCGUUGCACAGCAUGACUGCGACGAGGAACAGUUCAUCCCCAGCACCCCGAAGAAGAAAGGGACAACGGGUCGUCCCCCACCGGGUACUCCGUCACGGAUGAUCACGAAGUAUUUCUCGUCUCAAGAGUCCUCCAGUCGCGAGGAUGAGCGCGAUGACCACCGACUUAUCAUUAAGAUUCAUUCCUCGCGAACACACGCAAGCACAGAUAAAGUGCUAGAAUAUCGCUUAGAGGUUGCACCCGCUCAGCUGGUGCGUAUGGCAAGAGCCGGAGUCAAGGGUAUCAGACCGCCUUUGGACAACGCGGUAACCGAGGAUGAAGAUGAAGACGACGAGGACGACACGUCGAAGGGCAAAAAUAAGACCAAGAAACCUCCCGCCCAUCCGGACAGCCCUUUCCGGGUAUGGAUACCUGAGUGUAUGGUACGGCUUGCCGAGCCUGGCCUUGUGGCAGAAUGGGAGGAAACCGCGAGACGCAAAGAUGAAAAGAAGAAAGGCAAGGUCAAGGGGGCGUCCACCCACAAACCGAUGACACGCGGAGCGUAG